AUGGGACUUACCCCAAUUGUAUGCAUUGCUCAAGAUUAUAUUCAAGGAAAACCAGUGGAUGAUCUACGAUUACGUAAAGCAAUACUUGAACUACCUGAUAAUAAAACAGAACAUCUUCCAGGCUAUUUACCUCUCGUACCAGGAAUGCCAGUUUUACUCACAGAAAACGUCGCUACUGAACUUGGACUCUCCAAUGGUACACGUGGAAUCUUUCGUCAACUUGUAUACGAUGAAUCAUCAGAAGAUGUUCGAUACCAGGAUAAGAAUUUUCCACCAAAUACCAAGUUUAUAACGCAACCAAAGUACGCUUUAGUAGAAUUUCCUGGCUGCAAACUUGAUGACAAACUUGCUGAAUUGCAGUCCAAAAUAGUUCCUAUAGCUAUUAGUGAACAAACAUUCUUGUUUGACGCCAAGGAACUUCUUCCAGAAAAUAUAGCAAAAGCGGCCAAAAUAAACAAGAAAACAACAAAACUCUCGGUCAAACGUAAAGCACUUCCGCUUAUACCCGCAUAUAGCAUGACAACAUAUAAAAGCCAAGGCCAAACACUCGGUAAAAUUAUCGUCGAUCUGGUCAUGCCUCCUGGACCACUCGAAGUUGCAUCGGUUUAUGUUCCAUUAUCUCGUGUAAAGAGACUUGACGAUAUACUUAUUAUACGUCCAUUUGAAUUUGCAACACUCCAAGUUAAACCAUCAACGGCCCAAAUAGAAGAACUUAAACGAUUAGAUAAAAUAGCACAAAGUACUCGGAAACGUUUUCAAUUCAUUGUUUAA